GAACCUUGGAAUAAAGUGCUUUCUCUCGUUCUUGUGUCUUCUCUCUGGAGUUCAAGUCGCUGUGUAGUUCUAGACUGCGGGUUACCGAAAUAGCUUAGGAAUCGUAUAUAGCGUUCAACCUACACGACUUAUCAGUGGCGACGGGGAUGAAAACUUCAAUGAAUAUUUCCUUGAAGCAAUUAGAAGCUUAUAUGGUGCGUCAAGAAAAGAGGUUUGAAGAGUCCCAUAUUAGAAUCAUGGAAACCCUGAUGCAGAAAUUCUGCCUCUCCGAGAAAAACCCUGGUUCUAGUGAAUCUCAAGUAUCACAUACUGAUUCAGUCAUUAACGCCAUCCAUGAAUUUAAUUUUGAUGGUGUAGCAGGUGUAACUUUCGAGUCGUGGUUUAAGAAGUAUGAAGAUUUGUUUUAUAUUGAUCUUUGCAAACUGGAUGAUGCUUCAAAAGUCAGAAUACUUCUUAGAAAACUUGGUACUAUGGAACAUGAACGCUAUAGCAAUUUCAUUCUUCCGAAGAACCCACGAGAUUUUAGUUUUGAUGAUACAGUCAAAACCCUAUCCCAAAUAUUCGGAGAACAAUCAUCUCUAUUUAAUAUCCGUUACCAAUGCUUAAAGUUAACAAAAGAACCAGGAGAUGAUUGGGUGAAGCACGCAGGAACUGUGAACCGAGAAUGUGAGAGGUUUAGAUUGUCGUCCAUGUCUGAAGAUCAGUUUAAAUGCUUAGUGUUUAUCUGCAGCCUGCGUUCACCCGAAGAUGCCGAUAUCCGAACCAGACUCCUAAGCAAACUCGAACACUGCCCUAAUAUGACCCUGCAAGAAGUGACUACUGAGUGCCAAAGGUUAGUAAACUUAAAGCAUGAUACCUCAAUGGUCGAAAACGGUAACUCUUUCCGUAACGUCAAUGCAGUUAAGAGAAAAGUCUUUCAAGGUUCCAGUACCAAUAAUUUCCAAAAUAACAGCGACAAACCACCAUCUCCAUGCUGGGCAUGUGGAGGUUGGCACUAUAAGAGUUUUUGCCCAUAUAAAGAACAUCGUUGCAGCAAAUGUCAUCGGAAGGGGCAUAAAGAAAACUUCUGCAGGAGAAGAGACUAUAGAAAACGUCCCGUGAAAUCUUACUCAAAGAAACACAGAUAUAGUGCUCCAACCAACAAGAUAUUGGUAUCACAUAACAGAGCACGAAGUUGCCACCAAAGAAAGUAUGUGACCUUGAAUAUUAAUAAACACCGUGCCCGUCUUCAGCUGGACACAGCUUCUGAUAUUACUUUAAUCAGCCCAGAAACGUGGAAGAACAUUGGGAGACCCACAGUUUUCCCAACAACACAGCUGGCACACAGUGCAUCUGGGGGGAAGCUGAAUAUUGUUGGAGAAAUACCAUGCACUGUUUCUAAAGGUACGGUAACAAGAAAUGCAACAUUGUAUCUUACUAAGAAGCCAGCACUAGACUUAAUGGGGUUGGACCUUAUAGAAACACUUAAACUAGCAGAUCAUUCUAUCAACAGUAUCUGCAGACGAGUAAGUACAGACAACAUCCCAGAAUGGAAUCAGAAAAACGCCAUGCUACAAAGACAUCAAAACGUGUUUAGAGAAGGAUUGGGAGAAUGUACGAAAGCCAAAGCACUGUUAACUCUAAAACCUGAAGUUGCUCCCGUUUUUCGACCUAAAAGACCCGUACCCUAUGCUGCUCUACCAGUGGUUGAACAAGAACUAGAACGACUUCAGAAACUAGGUGUCAUUGAACCAGUGAAUUUCUCAGAAUGGGCCGCACCGAUAGUAGUAGUAAAGAAGACUAAUGGUAGCGUCCGUUUAUGUGCCGAUUACUCAACCGGGUUGAAUGAAGCCUUAGAAACUCAUCAGUAUCCAUUACCCUUACCUGAAGAUCUUUUUGCUAAACUGAACGGAGGUAAGCUUUUUGCAAAGUUGGAUUUAUCAGAAGCUUAUUUACAAAUCCCUGUUGCUGACGAGUCUAAAAACCUGCUUACCAUAAACACACACAAGGGUCUAUUCCGGUAUAAUCGAUUACCCUUUGGAGUCAAGACGGCCCCAUCCAUAUUUCAGCAAAUAAUGGAUACUAUGCUACAAGAUGUUUCAGGUGCUGCAGCUUACUUAGAUGAUAUAAUAAUCAUGGGAGUAGAUAGAUUAGACUUAGAAAAGAAGCUUGACCACGUGCUGACACGAAUAGCCGAAUAUGGACUGCGACUUCGUCCAGAAAAAUGUGACUUCUGUAUGCAAAAAGUACGCUACCUUGGGUUUAUAAUCGAUAAAGAUGGAAGAAGACCAGAUCCGGAGAAUACUCAGGCAGUGAAAACUAUGCCCAGACCGACGGAUGUCCCCACACUACGAUCCUUCUUGGGACUAGUUAGCCAUUAUGGAGCUUUUAUUCCAAAUCUUCAUCAAUUACGUGCCCCCCUGAAUACCCUUCUGGUGAAGAAUGUAAAAUGGAGUUGGUCUGCAACUUGCAAAGCCGCUUUCGAUGAAAUCAAGAAAGUACUAGUCUCGGAUCUGCUGCUCACCCAUUACGAUCCAUCCUUACCCAUUGUAGUGGCAUCAGACGCAUCAAACUACGGCAUAGGAGCAGUUAUUUCUCACAUCAUGCCAGAUGGAUCCGAGAAAGCGAUAUCACAUGCGGCUAGAUCGUUAACGUCAGCAGAACGUAACUAUAGUCAGAUCGAGAAGGAAGCAUUGUCGAUUAUCUUCGCUGUCAAGAAAUUUCACAAGAUGAUAUUUGGACGUCAGUUCACCCUAUUAACUGACCAUAAACCAUUACUAGCCAUCUUUGGGUCGAAGAAAGGUAUACCUGUAUACACCGCAAACAGACUGCAACGAUGGGCAACCACACUUCUGGGUUAUGACUUCAAGAUCAAGUACCAGCCCACUACUGACUUUGGACAAGCUGACGCUUUAUCUAGACUGAUUGGUUCACAAGUAAAACAGAAAGAAGACACUUUGGUGGCAGCAAUCGAGACUGAAACAGAAGUACAUCGAGUUUUGGAAGACGCAGUUGAUGGUUUACCGGUUACUUUCAAGGCCAUUAAAGAAGCCACGAAAAUGACAAGACUUUAAGAGAGGUUAGUGGUUAUCUUCUCAACAAGUGGCCGAACCGUCGUUUUCAAGGAGAAAUGCUACAAUAUUUUCGCCGACGGGACUCACUUAUGAUGGUCGACUCAUGUAUUAUGUUUGGCGACAGAAUUAUUGUUCCAGAAGUAUUACGCUACAAGGUUCUGAAACAAUUCCACAGCGGUCAUCCUGGCAUCAAUAAGAUGAAAGCAUUGGCUCGAAGCUACGCAUACUGGCCUACGAUGGAUCAAGAUAUCGAAAACAGAUGCCGCAAUUGUUCAUCGUGCCUACAAGCAGCCAAAAGUCCAAGCAAGUGUGAACCGCAACAAUGGGAAAAGCCGAAUAGUCCCUGGGAGAGGCUGCAUGCAGACUUCGCCGGUCCAAUACGAGGAAGAAUGUAUCUAAUCAUAGUAGACGCGUUCACAAAAUGGCCACAAAUCUACGCCAUGGUGAAUUGCACAGCCGGUGAAACAAUCAGCAAAUUAUCCGACCUGUUUAGCUGUUUUGGAGUUCCGCAGACGUUAGUGACCGAUAACGGUUCACAAUUCACUGCAGAAUCAUUCAAGCACUUCUGCAACGUUAAUGGCAUUGUGCACAUACGAUCUCCCCCGUAUCACCCUCAAUCGAAUGGCCAGGCAGAGCGCUUCGUGGAUACAUUGAAGAGAGCACUUCUGAAAGGGGGAGGAGAAGGGACAACCGGGCAGGUGAUCGCAAAAUUUUUAACAUCCUACAGAUCCACUCCGAACCCGAAUGUUCCAGACGGCAAAUCUCCCGCGGAAGCCAUGUUUGGGAGGCGCAUUCGAACCAUCUUCGAUGCCAUGUUGCCAUCCAAAUUAGUGGAUGAGCGCAGUCACGGUCCAAGUAUCCGAAACUUCAGUGUUGGUGACAAAGUUUACAUCAAGUCCUACAUCGGGAAGAACCGAUGGGAGCCGGGCGAAGUAGUGAAAAAACUGGGAAGAGUACUGUACAGAGUUCGAGGAGCUUUUGGGACAUGUAUACGUCAUACAAAUCAAAUCCUUAAGGAUAAAAGAACGGUGCAGACUCGAAGUAACCGGCCGAUUUUCCCGUUAGAUUCAAUCUUAGACGCACCAACGCCACAAACGCCCAGGAACAGUGAAAAGAAGCCUUGGACAAGGGAAACGACAAGAAUAAUGGGGCGCCGUCGCUGUCCAGUCGUCAAAAUACAAUUAGAUCCCAGAAAGAAAUCUUAUUCGGGGGAGGUGUUGGGUCGGCUUCCAGAGAACUUCAACGGAGCCUCCAGAGGCCCAAAAGGAGCCGAAGAGUCCUAGCCAAUCAGAGUGUGAUGGAACGUUCCAGAAUUCCAACGUGGCGUGCUACUAUUGGUCGGUAGCAUAAUGUGUUGUUAUCGGAUUGGCUGUAAAUUGAUGUUGAUUUAACAGACGCCAAAAUCUAUAAAUACCCAUGAUUUUCUGUACAAAAAUGAACCUUGGAAUAAAGUGCUUUCUCUCGUUCUUGUGUCUUCUCUCUGGAGUUCAAGUCGCUGU